AUGAACAAGCUAACCCUCAUUUUACUUGCCCUCUUUGCACUUAUCGUUAUUGUGAGCGGUCAAGAUCAACUUAAUCAAGCUGACUUAGAAUUCCGUGAUCUUGAAGCUGAAGAAUCUGAUUCACACAGAGACCUCGCCGGUAAGAAAGCCAGCAAGAGAGACCUAAAAAGAGUCAAGAGAGACCUUAGAAAAACCAAGAGAGAUCUCACUGAAAAUGUCCAGAGAGAUUUAAAAAGAGCAGCAAAGAGAGCUCUUGAAGUAAGAGAUUUGAUUCUUUGA